UAGUACCUCCCAUCCAUCCCAUGAGUAUGACAGCUUGUAUAUUUAUUGAACAAAAAAAUAAAAAAUAAAAAAUAAAAAGAUGAAUAAUAAUAUUGUUUUUUUAUAUUAUUUUUUUAACUUUCACUGUUCUAUAUAUUCAUGGAAAAGGGUUUGAUGGAUUCCAAGUCCAGUGAAGGGGUGAGAGUAGCUAAGAAAAGAGAGUAAUGGCAAAAUCACCAGAGGAGGAACACCCACAAAAGGUUUUUGGUUGGGCUGCAACAGAUUCUUCUGGGAUACUUUCUCCUUUCCAUUUCUCCAGAAGAGAAAAUGGGGAGGAAGAUGUCACAAUAAAAAUCCUUUACUGCGGCGUUUGUCAUUCGGACUUGCAUUCUGCCAGAAACGAAUGGGGUUACACAUUGUACCCAAUUGUUCCCGGGCAUGAAAUUGUUGGCAUUGUGAGCAAAACUGGGAAGAAUGUGACAAAAUUCAAAGAGGGUGAUCGUGUUGGAGUUGGAGUCAUAGUUGGAUCCUGCAAAAAAUGCGAUAGUUGCCAACAGGACUUAGAGAAUUACUGCCCUCAAUUUGUAUUGACCUAUAACUCCUUUUACCAUGAUGGUACAAAAACUUAUGGUGGUUAUUCCGAUAUGGUGGUCGUCGACCAACGUUAUGUGCUUCUGUUUCCCGAUAACUUACCUUCCGAUUCCGGUGCACCGCUCCUGUGUGCUGGGAUCACUAUUUAUAGCCCUAUGAAAUAUUAUGGUAUGACAGAGCCAGGCAAGCAUUUGGGUGUUGCAGGGCUUGGUGGGCUUGGUCAUGUUGCUGUAAAAUUGGCCAAGGCUUUCGGAUUGAAAGUAACCGUCAUUAGUACUUCACCAAGUAAGGAGACUGAGGCAAUCAAUAGACUUGGAGCUGAUGCUUUCCUUCUUUUCACUGAUGCUUCAAAAAUUAAGGAAUCUUUGGGUACUAUGGAUUACAUAAUUGACACAGUGUCUGGUGUUCAUCCUCUGGGUCCACUGCUGGGUUUGCUAAAGCUGAAUGGAAAGCUGGUCACUGUGGGUUUGCCUGCCAAGCCACUUGAGCUUCCUAUACUUCCUUUAGCUUUGGGGAGAAAGCUUGUUGGUGGAAGCGACAUAGGAGGCAUGAAAGAGACACAGGAAAUGCUUGAUUUUUGUGCAAAGCACAAUAUUACAGCAGAUAUUGAGCUGAUAAAAAUGGAUUACAUUAAUACAGCCAUGGAAAGAAUUGCCAAAUCUGAUGUCAGAUACCGGUUUGUCAUCGAUGUGGCCAACUCAUUGUCACAGUAGAUUAAUUGUUGUUUUCAUUGUUGGUGCCUAGAUUAAGCUUGCUUGCGAUCCUGAUAUAUUAAAUAAAUUUGAAACGUUUAAUGACAUUAUAUAUAUAUGAUAUGAAAGUUUAUGAAGGAUAAAAAGAAUAAAAAUUUUUGUUGUCCUAUAUAUUUUAUGCA